AAAGACCAACGGCACGAAUUAGUCUGGUUCAAGAGAGCGCGCGAUUGGGCUUGUAUGAGCGUACAUGCAGGAUACCGCGUACCGCUGCUGUUUUGUGCCAAUGCCGGAGACACAGAUCGCGGCGAAAUUGUGAUUUUUAAUUGCCUUUUCUGUGAGGAUUUCUAACGCAAAAGUGGAUAUAUUACAAUCUGUGGUGAGUCAAUAACCUUCUGAAUUGUCGUGGCAUAGCGUAACAGUCUCGUAGAUCUCGUCUAACACUCAAACACACACACCAUGGCGGACACGUCCUUAGCCAACAACGUGGACGAGGUCCGGGAGAAGCUCCUCCCUGACCCGGACGACCCCGAAUACCAGAAGGAGCUGCAGCGCCCCGCCCACAUCAAGGCAGACAUGAAGGACAUGGAGAGGCAACGCCGCGUCUCCCUCAUCCUCAACAGCCAGGCCUUUCGGGAGGAGCUGGAGAGUAUCAUUGAGGCGCAGCUGAAGGACAUGUUUCAGAGCGGGCCUCACCCAGCCAGCCUUAUCGCCCUUCAGCAGAUAGCAGACUUGGUGCUCCCCCAGUCGAGGUUCAACCAGACAUCAGUGGGCAGUGGACGUGGUGGGGCGGCCCCACAGGGAAUGAGCUUAAUACCAGUGGCCGACAUCCGCGGUGUGGACUCGGUCAACUACAGCAAAGGGGAGAAGAUUCUGCGGUGCAAGCUAGCCUCCCUCUACCGCCUGCUGGACCUGCACGGAUGGACACAACUCAUCUACAACCAUGCCUCGCUACGUGUCUCCAUGGAAACAGACCACUUUCUGAUCAACCCCUUUGGCCUGAUGUACCACGAGAUCACCGCCUCCUCCCUCAUCAAGGUGGACAUGCUGGGUCAGACCGUCGACCCGGGCACCACGACCUAUGGCCCCAAUGUGGCCGGCUUCACGUUGCACUCUGCCAUUCACAGUUGCCGGCCCGACGCCAAGUGUGUGGUGCACAUUCACACCGCGGGUGUAGUGGCAGUUUCCUCCAUGAAGCAAGGCCUCCUGCCCCUCAGCCAGGAGGCCCUGAUCUGUGGCGAGGUGUCCUACCUUGACUACAGUGGCAUCAUCAUCAACGACCAGCAGAAGGACGACAUCAUCCGGGCUCUGGGCCCCAACAACAAGAUCCUGUUCCUGCGCAACCAUGGCGUAGUAUGCUGCGGUGAGACGGUGGAAGAGGCGUACUACUGGACGGUUAACGUGGUCGCAGCCUGCGAGACCCAAGUCAGGUGCAUGUCGGCAGGCUUGGACAACCUGAUCCUUGUCUCGGACGCCGUGAAGGAGGCGACCCGCAAUGUGGCAGUCAAGGGUGGUGGUGGCGUUAUCAUGCCGACCUCGCCGGAGGAGGAAGGGGAGAAGCGCCGUGAGAAGAGGUGGAAGAUUGGCGAGCUGGAGUUUGAAGCCAUGAUGCGGCAGCUGGACAACAUGGGACACAGAACAGGCUAUGUGUACCACCAGCCCCUGGUGCGUUCUGAGCCCAAGCCCCGCAGCGAGGUGGCCCACCCAGCGGCCUCCACCUCGGUCACCUACUUCUACGACGAUGACAAAGAGAGCAGCAAGUACCAGUCGCCCAUGAAGUUGAUGAACCGCAAGCAGGCUGGAGAGAAGACCAAGUGGUUGAACACGCCCAACACUUACACCAAGGUUGAAGUUCAGGAGGAGGUGAAGGAAGGGGACGAGACCCCCAAGACAAAGACUGUGUGGGUAUCUGAUGAACAGAAGCAGACCUCUGGCGAACCAAUCAAAGUGGACCCUCACCAGUUCUCAGUGCUGUCUGAUGACCCCAAGGAAAUGAAGAAAAAGCACAAAGAUUUGAAGACAGACAGAUUUGACGAUAAGGUGACUGCCGGCCCCAUCUCGGAGGUGCUGUCGGGCGUGCAGUAUGGUGACACGCGCAAGGCUCAGCUUGCUAGGGAUGCCCCCUUGUCUGACUCCAAAGAUAACCUGCAAGAGUCACCCCGCAAGCCCGGUAGUGGUGGGGACCAAGUCCAGGCGGCCUCCAAGGGGAUUAUCACCCGUGAGCACCAGAAGGAUGUGAUGCUGUACACAGCCUAUGCCCCCAAUCCCUUCGAGAACAUGACGGAAGAGGACAUCUUGAAGUACAAGCAGGAGAUUGCCGAGAAGACCGGACAGGAUGUGAAAGAGAUUGAGCUGAUUGUGCAGGCGCCUAACAUGAACGGUCCGGAGGGGGCGGAAGAGACAACUACCACUACCAAGAAAGAAGUGGUUGUCACCAAAGGAGAGGAUGGCUCGGAAAUCACAACCACCCGGGUGGUCACGACUACGCUGACAACCAAAGAGACCACGCUGAACGGGGAGGAGGCCGAGGCGGAGGCGGAGCCCGAGGAGGGGGAGGAGGAGGACGAGCGGGCGGCCUCGCCCUCGCAGGAGGCCGGGGUGCGAAGCGCCAGCAGCGCCGAGGCCUCGCCCACCAAGGACGCCACCUCGCCAUCCAAGAAGAAGGACAAGGACAAGAAGAAGAAGUUCCGCACCCCCUCAUUCCUCAAGAGCAAGAAAGACAAGAAGGAGAAGGCAGAGAGUUAAGCGCCCAUUGGAAUCAACCCCCUGUCUCCCCGUGCACUGUUUCCAGCUUUUUGCCCGAGUUGGGGUUUGUGUGUACCAAUGUGGCUAUGUCCAUUUUUAAAAAAAAGUUUCCGAAGUGGCCUCGUUGUCCACCAUCUUGUCUGAACCGGUCAGAACCAGUUCUUGCCAGCUGUUACCAUAAGGAACAAUAGUUAAAGGUCUGCCACCAGACUGGAUUGAACUGGUUCCAAGCAGUUUGGUUCUUCAAGACUUAGAAUUUGUCAUUUUGUUUUUGUUUUAUACUUCUUUGCGUAGGAGUCAAACGGUAAUGAGAGUUUGCUUCCUUAUUUUCUGCCUUUUCUCUCCAUCUCGACAAUUUUUUGUGGCUUUCCUGCUCGUAGUUUUGGGGGAUGGAAUGAUUUGGAGGUUGAGGCUAGGGGGGAAGAAACCACGCUGCUGCAGUUAUCAGCCGCUUGGAAGGAGCUUGAUAAAUCUUUGUACAUUACUGUGAUCGCUCGUCCCAUGAGGACACCAGAAAAGAACUUUUGUGUUUAUUAAGCAGUGGUCGCUUAGUAGGUAUUUUUCAAAGAUACAGUGUAGGUAGUGCUGACCAUAUUUUAACUGAACUAAGUGUAAAUUGAUGCCUUCGCGUGAGAAGGAUGAUCGCAGAAGGGACAGAACAAUUCCCAAAUCAUUUCAAGGACAAAUGCGAUCCCUACCCCCUCCGCCUUAUUUGUUUGUAGAGUGAUAUCUGCUAUAUAUGUAACACGUCAGUGAUUACGGAAACAGCAUUGCUGCUGACGAGAUGCAUGGCAGUUUUUUAAUAAAUAGAGCAAACGAUCCUGGGUAGCUUCAAAACGAAAGAUGAUGGUGUUAAAAUCGUGCCAUCCAAUAUCCAUGGCAACUGGCUUUUAUUCUGCCCUGUAUCCUGGUCACACGCAGUGUAAAUUUAUUCCAAUGUUUUUCCUAGGGUGAAUCCUGAUGAUCUGAGUGACAUAAAUUGUGGAUCAGAGAUUGUGGUCCUUUGAAAAGGACCUCUGUACCUACUUCAUAAGUGGAAAAAAUAUCCUGGGGGAGAAACCUUCAACUUGCACAACUAAUGAAUAUUUUCUCAAGAGCACCCGAUAAAUUGUAGCUUAACUGUCUUGAUAGGUGUUUUUAAUGUGACAUUCUAAGGUUGUAAAUGUAAAAAAGUGUAUCGCUCUUUGAAAAUAUGAAGAAGUCUUAUGCGUUUGAUGUUGGUGUUCCUUGUAGAGCAAAUGUGUACAUUUUUUAUUGUUGCUGUUGCAUAGGUGUUUAGUGCAAAAAGUAAGAUAAUUCCAAGAAAACAAAACAAUUAAUUGGUCAAAUUUGGGGACCGCAACACCGCACAGGUGAAUUUGGGGAGAAAAGGAGGAGUAAUCGUCUCUUUAAGUGCUUUUAUGUGCGGAUGAAUUUUUGCUUCAGAGUAUUCAGAUUUGAGCAAACAUGGACUUUGCAAGAGAAGUGGGACUGCUGUGAGUGGUCAAGUGCUUGUGCCUGUGGUGAGGAGCAGGCUUUCAUCUGAUUGGACAUGUCACGGGCAUGUGUUGAGCAUGUGACGAGCAUGUGACCAUGUGCGUGGUAUCCCGUGCCAACAGCAUGUGAGUCUUCAUGUGAUGGCCACAUGCUCGGCAUGUGACGGGGAGGGAGGCUUUCGGGGCGUGGUUCAGAAUCUUCUUUUGGAGGGAGGGACAAAAAGAUAGGCACCUGGGAAAGGUCUGUUUCGUCUUGGACCAUCCCAUGCUGAGCAGCGGGAAUUUCUACUUUUCAACCAAAAAAAACCCCAACAUUACUUUGUGGUGAUAUAGUUCUAUUUGAUGUGCAAAAUGGGAAAUCUUGACUGUGGUCGGUACUUGUCCAACUUCAUUUUGUAACAGUUCCCACUCCUACUUUUCUGUGAGAUUUUGUAUUCAUCUUUGCAGUCGCAUCACAUUUUACCUACAUAGCUCUGUACCAUACCUACAUGUAGUGCUUACGUACUGUAUUCCGUAGUACAGCCCACAAAAGUAUUUAAGAAUUCAUCAAUGUAGAAGACGCAGAAGUAUUUCUGUGGUGUGAGAUAUUUGAUAUGUCUGCACCAGAGGCGUGCACUAGUUGUAUUCAUGUAAUUUGUAGCCUAGCAGAUAUACCCGUGAGAAUUCAUGUGAUAAAUCCUAUUUCCGUGUAAUUUAUAACUCCAAGUGUAAGGUGUCACGUUAGGCUCUGCAUGAAUAGUGUUCAGUAAGCAAAACUAAAGUACUUGAAUACAUAGGUGUAAGUUUAAAAGAACUGUUCAAUAAAUCAAAAAUAAUAUUGUAACAUAACCCAGUGUAUUAUUAUCAUUGUAAGUGUCUUUUGAUUUAUUUUCAAUGAGAAUAGAGUGAAAUUGCCAGCCCGUUCAUACGUACAAUUUUAAAAUUGAUCACUUCAUGAAGAAAACCUAACAUCUUCAAAAUGCAUAGCAGAAAGACUUGCCAGAAACUGUUGCCAUAUCUCAGGUGUGGUAACUGGACUUAUGGAAUGGAAAAAGGUUCCAGACCAGACUCAGAUAUGGCAGUUUUUUGCGACUAUUUGUGGAACAUACCUGUUGUACUGAAACGGAAAAAAAAAACCAUUCCAACAUUGUUCUGGAUCUUAGAGUAGUCUGACGAAAGUUACUUAUUCAUAAUUUGAAAGUAUUUCAACAUCUCUUAAUGGUAUUCUUAAAACAGUGUCCGGGGUUAGACAGAAAUUGGCAUUUCAGUUUUUUCAAACUAGACUUUUUACUGAGUUCAGUUCUAGUGAGGAUAAAAAUGGCUGUUGGUAUAUCAAACAAAAAUUCACAUUUGUCAAUUUUGUGAUAGAUGUGUUUGAUCCCUUCAACUUUUUUUCAUCACACAGAGUAAAGCUUAAAAAAAAGUUAUGAGGUUAGGAGUUUUGUUGUGUCUAAAUUUUUGUCUUCUGACAAAAUUCUGUGUGUUCUUUUCCGUGUGGUACAGUAUCAUAGCAAACAGUAUGUUUGCCAGUUAUUCUGAAUGGCAGGUUUUAGAUUUGAACAUUCCUCAUCCACUGUACAACUGGGGUAAAUUUGUCACUGGUUUUUAGUCCAUCCAUCCUUUUUUCUAGAAAGAGGUUUCAAAAAAGGUGGAGUUGCUGGUGGGGUAGUUAAAGUCCAUAUAGAACAUCUCGAGUUGCACACUCGUGUCCUUUGACGAUGGUAGAAAACUUUACCCUUCAAAAAUCUUCAGUAUUUUAAAUUGUAGGAUUACUCUGAGGAACUAAAUUGUGUGCUGGGACACAAAUUUGUUUAAGAGGGUUUCCCUUCAGUUUGUAAGUCUAGCUUUAUCAACAGGGUGUGACAUAAAUUCUUGGAAGUUUUGUUUUGCGGGCCUGGUGUACAUGUACAGGGGAUUUGGGGGGUACUAAUAUGCAUUAUGUCAAUUCGACAAGAGAAAGGCACUUUUGACAACAGUUUGUGCUUAUAUCAGUCCACUGUCUGUUCCCGUCUUUGGUUUCCCCCAAAUUUAGACAGUUUUGCUUCCCUGGUAUCCUGCAGCUGGUUACUAGUUGCAGUCCAACCUCUAGCACUUGUACAAUGUGACUGGAGAAGAAUGUUGACAAAGCCUGUAUAGAAUCAACGCAAGCAGCUUAUGUUUUCUGUAUGGACACACAAAAAUGUUUGAACUACCGUAUUAUCUCAUCUGUUUGGGGGUGUUUUCUUUUUUUCAGGGAAGUCUUGUGGAUAGUACUAAACAUUGUCCAAGACAAUAUUUAAGCUAGUAAACAAUGUAAGUACGUGAUUUAGAUUAAGCCAGUUAAUACUGGUUUGAAUAAUAGUGCAGUACUUCUAAAAAAAUAAAUACAUUAGUUUAUGUUGUCGGUUUCUUUCUUUUCUUUUUUUUAAUAAAGAAAUGUGCCAUGCUUGCUUGCAUUUGGAAAUUUUGUAAUGGUAGAUUUGUGUUAUGCCUAAUAAUAACUGGAAACCAUGGAAAUUAAUGUAAGGGCCGUACCCAUAAUCUAUUGUAGAAAGUACACAGAACUGCUGGUUUACAGUACCAGCAUUUGGCGAACUGCGAUUGUCUUAAACAGUAAGUAAAACGAAACAUUUCAGAUGUGUGGACAGAAAAAUCUGGGCCUGCUCGGAAUCAUGUUUCACCAAUUCAAAAGGAGGGGCUCUUAUUUACGUGAAAAGUAACCAUCCUGCUGCAAUUGGACGAAUAGACACCAUCGUGCGUUAUGUUUUUAGUACUGCAAUCUGGUUUUCGGUCUUGUUUCAUUUAAUUUUGAUUUCACAUGUGCCAUGCCCUUUUUAAACAGAGUAGAGGUGAAAAUCAAGACUUCACGUGUAUUUGUAGACACUGAAUUAUGAAAUUUUGCCUGUAGGUUUGAAUACUGAGUUGUUACAAAGACGAUUAUGGUAUGUUAAUGAAAAGACUUGUGAACGUCAGAAGGAAAACUGCUCAGAUUUUCAUGCCAACUAGAUGUAGGUAAGUAGAAUGAUACAGAUGUUAACCUCUGAACCUUGUGUUUGCCCCGCAAAUAGAAUUACUAGCUAAUCCACAGAAAAUCUGUGCAGUUUUCCCAUUUUAAAUUUUCAACUUUUUAACGCUGAUAACUUCUUGAAUCCUUUAAAUGUGUUGCAUAUCAGUAUGACAAAAAAAAAGUAACUUGAGCAAAUAUUGAAAUUUUGAGGGGGGGUCUUUGUAAAUGAACUUGCUUGAUGUGAAAUUUGUCCCCUUUUAAAUCCUUUUUUUUUUUGCUUAGUAGAUUGUACAUGUUAUACCAUGUCACUGAUUUUUUGACGGAGUAGAAAGUUGAUCUGGAUGUGAAUAAUGCUGCUGUAACCUAUUGUUUCAUGUACUUCACCCCUGUGUGCUAUGCCGCUGUGCGCUGAGGAACAGUUUGUCCGGGCCAGACCCAAAACUGUAAAUUGACCUGUGCGAUGGUAGAUCUUAGCAGCUUUUUUUGGCACUCGAUCAGCACCUGUGAUGUAACACUGCUCUUUUUUCCUUAAUAUCCAAAAUGUUGGCUGCAUGGUGAUCUGUAAUGUUAAGGAUCUUACAUGGUGAUGUUCAUGUAUGUAUCUGUGCUGAGGCAGCUUAUGUGGAGUAUUGUAAAUGUGGCAGGGACACAGCUGUGCUUGUCAGAAUUGUCCUUAAAUGUUACUCAUCCUUCUGUGGUUUAUUCUUGUUGCAAUCCAGUGAGGUUAGAGUGCAUUAUUUACAUCCAGCAGCAUUGCCAGGACAACGUCACAUUUCUUGAAGCCAACUGCCCGUUGCCUUCGCAGGUCCAAGCUUGGUUAAGCGUAUUGCCAGGUGCCUUGUCUGCAAGACAACCUAGAGCAGACUUGCUUGGCCUCACGAAACGUGGCCCACCCUUCAACUCCGCGAUAGAGUACAGCCAUGUAGUAUUAUCGGAUAGGAACACCUGCCAAAGCUUGUCAAUAUUUCUCUUUAAUUGUAGGCCAAUUGGUAGAAACGUGUGCGUGCGUGGCAGUGUGGAAUUUUUAAAAAAACUCUCUAUUUGAAGUCUUUAGUGUCCCUCUGCUAGUGGCAAUAUGGUGGCAUGGUGUACUGAGCCGUUUAAAUAAAAGGGAAAUUAAAAAAAGAGAAAUAAAACAUGGUCCCUGUACAGAAGGACUAGCACAUUGAUUGCAAUAGCUGUA